AUGUUGAGAGCUUUUUUGUUGAUUGACCAACAAAAGGAAGUAAGAGAUUCUCUGGUGGAAAUAAUACUCCAGUUAACAGACGCGGAGGCGGCAGAGGAUUUGGAGAAGGACGAGGCUCAAUGUCAAGUCGUGGCUUUAGUGGAAGUCCACGUUUCCGAGGUGGUGGUAGAGGAGGAUUUAAGUCUUUCCGUGGCGGAGGGGAUAGCUUUGAACAUGGUGGCAGAGGCCGUGGCGGAUUCCGCGGUGGGUUUGAUCGAGGACGAGGUGGUCGUGGAGGUUUUGGUCGCGGUGGUGGUGGGGGUUUCGACCGUGGAGGUGGCUUCAAUCGCGGUCGAGGAGGUUUCCGCGGAAGAUCUCGAGGCGGCGGCGAUUUCCGUGGUGGACGAGGAAGGCCGUGGGAGAACCGCGGCAGAGAGGAAGAAAAUGAUGAGGAAAACGGAGAGUCGUUUUCUGAAGACGAACUCGAGGAAGAUUCAAGAAUGCACCAAAAAAGAGAUGGAGUCUAGCGAAGACGAUUUAGAAGAUAGCGAUGGGAAUGAAGAAUCAGGCUCAGAUUACGACGAAGUUGAGAGACCAAGUAAAGCCGAAUCUGAUGAAGAACUUGACGACGAAAGCGAAGGUUUAGAAGACGAAGAGUUAGAAAUGUCAGAAGGCGACAGCAAUGAAGAUUCUGAGGAGGAGCGUGUCCUGGAAAAGAAAGUCAAAGGUCGACCUCCACAACUGCAGAAGCAGACGCUCAUGAAGAAGGGAAAGUCUCCUGUUACCAAGCCUGCUGUUGAAAACGAAAGCGACGACGACGAUUUGGAUUUGGACAGUGAGGAAUUAGAAUCAGAAGAAGAAGAAGUAGUGGUUACAAAAAAGUCUGCAAAAGUCGAAAAGCAGAGAAAAGUGUCCAAAGACAUGAAAGUUAAACAGGCGACUAAAGUUCAGAGUGCAGAAGGUAAGCCCAAGAAGAAUGCAGAGAAAUUGGAAAGUGAGGAAGAAGUUGAAGAUGAGGAGUUGAGUAGCGACGAUCUAGAGUUGGACAGCGAAGAACUUGAGUUUGAGAGCGAAGAGAGUGGCGAAAAAGAGACAAUUUCCAAAAAGAAGAUAAAGAGUGCGAAAGAGCACAUCGCGGAAGCGAAACCCGGCAGCAGUAGUUCAGCGUCUUCAGAAAAGCAACAGUCAGAAGAGUCCACUUUGCAAAAGCGAAAAGCCGAGACUUCUGUUUCAGAGACACCAUCUAAGAAAAGCAAACCCGUGGUCGCUCGCGCCGAUGACAAAGUAAUUGCUGAAGAACUAGCAAGAAGAAAGGCAAGGGAUAGCUCAUGUCUGUUUGUGAAAAAUCUUCCGAAGGUCUGUGCCAUCGAAGAUAUUAAAAGUCUCUCGUCAGAUAUUUUGCAUGUUAGACGGUCAGGAAAGAUAAUGAGGUUUUGCUAUCUUACAUUUUCUGACGAAGACACAUGCGAAAAGAAUUACGAAAUUUUGAAGAAUGCCAAGUUGGGUAAUCACGAGAUAUUCGUCGAUUUCUGUGGCGACAAGAGUGUAAACGCUGCCGCAAAGUCGCCGUAUGCGGAGAACCGUAUGAUAAAUCCACUUAUAUUAUAUGUUGGAGAAUUUCCUCAAACCGUGAAAGAAGCCGAAGUAAAAGCGGCGUUCCCAUCUUGUUCAAAAGUACAAUUUCCAGACAAAUCUGAAUUCAGGACACAUGCUUUAGUGCAUUUUCAUACCGCUCAAGCUGCUCGCGAGGCAUUCGACUCCCACAAAGAUCUCAAACUCAGUGGUGUUCCAGUUGUCGUUCUGUACUCUAGGGAUCGGAAAGUCGACCACGAUUUGUUGGCAAAAAAUAUCAGGAAGGAUUUUCCGAAGAACACACCAACGUCAAAUUCAGGGGCGACUCCAAAACCGAAAGUGGUUGCUGUUGAAGCCACAUCCUCAAAGAAACAAAAGCAAUUAGCAAAAGGCGUGAAGGUGGGAAAAAAUGCUGCCGUGAGCGAUGAAGAAGAAUCAGUUGAAAAGUCUGCAAAGAAAAAGAAGCCCUCAGUUGAAGCUGUACAAAAGGGUGUUGCAGCUCAAACUCCGAAGAAACCACAAAGUAAGAAAGUUGCGGCGAAAGAAGAAACCAGUGAGGAAGAGGACUCUGACGAAGGAGACGACCUUUCUGACGAAAGUCUUAUGGAAGAUGAAGCAGUUGAAGACGAAGAGUUAGACUCUGAGAUAACUAAUGCCAUGACGGUCCGUGUUGUCGGUGUUCCGACUUUUAAACACUGCGGUUAUACCAUUUCUAGAGAACUGGCUGCAGAGGGUUGUCAGGAGUGCGAGACCGUGCAAUAUUUGAUACAUCUGCUCGGUCAGGACAACUAG